AAUUCACAUGUAAUGAUGGAGAAAAAAUCAGAUAAGUAUUAAAAAUGAAAAAAUGGAAGUGUGGUGUGACGUUGUCCACUUCUCAAACAAUUUGAUUAAAAUUGUAGACUCGAUUAUUCUAAACGAAUUGCAAGCCUCAAAUCUCAACCGGAUAUAUUGUUCCAUCAUGCACAGAUGAGAAUUUUAGUGAAUGGAUUUUGUACUUUAAACUUGUUGACAUCGACUUGAAGGGAGACUAUUGUAUUUGUAUACUCUCUGUGUAGCAAGUUUGUUUCUUGCAUCCAAAAUCACACCUUUCUUCUGGGAAUUAUGGCACCAAUGAUUUUCUCCCUCACCAUCUCACACUUUGUUAUACAGACUGGUUCAACAGCCUUACACUACUCAGCUCUGCCUGAAACCAGAACAAAACAUUGUCAUUCAUCAAGACCAUUUGCAUCAAUCAACUCCAAUUCGCUACAAAUGAAUCAACGGCCCUUGACUGACUACCGUCCGGCGAUCUGGAAUCCGGAGCUAAUCGACUCCUUGAACACUCCCUACAGCUAUCAAGCACAUGGAACCCAGCUGGAGAAGUUGAGGCAAGAUGCCAAGAGAUUGCUUUCGUCCACCUCUGAUCCUUGUCUCCUCUUGAAUCAUGUUGAGUCGAUGCAGCGAUUAGGAAUCGCUUACCAUUUUCAAGAAGAAAUCGACUACUUGCUUAAUACUCGUAUUCAGCCGUACUCUCCUGAUGAUCAUGAUCUCCACACAACUGCAUUGAGGUUCCGCAUCCUACGAGACAACAAUUUCCCCAUUAGCUCAGAUGUGUUUGGAAAGUUCAUGAGCAGAGAAGGGAAAUUCCUGGACAGUUUGAGCAGAGAUGUGAAAGGACUAUUGAGUUUGUAUGAAGCUUCAUUCUUGGGAGUGGAUGGAGAAGUUAUUUUAGAUGAAGCCAAAGAGUUCAGUAGCAAGAACUUAAGAGCCUUACUGGGGAGAUUGGAGAGUACGAGUAUCGAUGUCGCGGAACAAGUGAAGCAGUCACUGCAAAUUCCCCUGUUUUGGAGGAUGCCAAGAGUGGAAGCAAGGAAUUUCAUUGAUUUCUACCAGAAGAAAGACGCGAAGAGCUCGACUUUGCUUGAGCUCGCCAAGUUAGAUUUCAAUCUAGUCCAGUCUACAUAUCAACAGGAGCUGAAAGAGCUAUCAAGGUGGUGGGAAAACUUGGGAUUCAAACAAAAGCUAAGCUUUACGAGGGAUCGAUUGAUGCAGAGCUACUUCUCGACGAUAGGGAUUACUUUCAAGCCCCAGUUUUCUAAAGCCAGAAUAGCAGCAACAAAGUUUAUUAACAUUGUUAAUACCAUUGAUGACAUACAUGAUUAUUAUGGAUCACAAGAUGAUCUCAAACUCUUUGACAGCGCUGUUAAGAGAUGGGAUUUGGCUGCCAUGGAAGAACUUCCGGAUUACAUGAAGAUAUGCUAUUUUGCGAUGUACAAUCUCGUUAACGAGCUGGCCUAUGAUGUUUUAAUCAAUCAAGGCAUUGAUGUUUUGCCCUGUCUUAGGGAAGCGUGGACAAAGUUCUGCGGAGCAGCUUUUGUAGAAUCUCAAUGGUGCUACACUGGGUAUACACCAAGCAUGGACGACUACCUGAAAAAUUGUUGGAUUUCAAUAGGUGUUCAUGGAAGCUUAAACUUCGCUCGAGCGCACCAGCAAGGAUCAAGAUCCCCCAUGGCUAAUACACCACUCCACUGCUUGGAAGAUCAGCUACUCUACUGGUCGUCUGUCAUUUGUCGUUUGAAUAACGAUUUGGCAACUUUCCAGCAUGAGAGCAAGACAGGGGAGGUGGCAAGUUUUGUCAAGUGUUAUAUGGUUGAAAAAGGUGUAUCGCAAGAGCAAGCAUGUGAUGAGAUAAGGGAGUUGAUAAAGCAUGCAUGGAAGAUGUUGAAUACAGAGAGAAGGAGAAGUGAUCUCCCACCAUUAAUGGUGGAAAUGUGUAUGGACACACCAAAGCUUUCCCAAUGCCUCUACCAGCACGGUGAUGGAUUCGGGGUAGCCAUCGAGUUGACCAAAGAUGUCAUGUCCUCCUUGAUCUUUCGCCAAAUCCCUAUUUAGUGACCAUUAGCAAAUAAGUAGUUUGGACAUCGAUCUUUUGGCAAUAUGUGCAUGUGGGAAAGAUUCCAGUAAAUUAAGUCAAACUGAUGGAAUAUGUCUGGCAAGUUUUGUAUUUUUUGGAACUUGUGGGUGUUGGUACUUGUAUGAUAUCAAUUCCAUUAAGCUUCAUUUUACUUUUUGUUUGGUCUUCAAUAUUGGGCGAAAAACAAAAAUGUAGUGUGAUCGGCUCACCUCCCAAACUAUUGUAUUCAAAUUAUAUAUUAUACAAUUUUAAACGAAUUGUAGAA